CCGGGUCGCAAUGGCAACUGUCCGAACAGGACCAUAGCAGCAACUUUUUUCGUAUUUGUAAUGUUACAGAGACAUUAUAAGUCGCUGAAGAAACUACUUUCUAAUGUGAGAAACAAACAUUACACAAUUUCUGAAGUCCGAAAAUGUCCCAGGGAUGUACAGUUUCUGUGGAAGAGAUCCAGUCUUGGUGGGAAGUCCCCGCCAUAGCCCAUUUCUGCUCGCUGUUCAGGACAGCGUUCAACCUUCCAGACUUUGAAAUAGAGGAGCUGGAGAAAGCCCUGUCCGAGCAGGACUUGGACUUCCUCGGGGACCUCAUCGCUUGUCUGUUGCAAGGAUGCUACCAGCGCAAUGACAUCACCCCCCAGGCCUUUAGCAGUUACCUGGACGACAUCAUCAGCUACAGGUGGGAGCUGGAAGAAGGGAAGCCCAACCCUCUUCGAGAGGGCCCCUUUGAGAACCUCCCUCCUCGCACUCAGGUGCAACUGCUGCACCGGCUGUGCGACUAUCGCCUGGAUGCUGCUGAUGUCUUUGACCUGCUUAAGGGACUGGAUGCUGACAGCCUGAGAGUGGAACCGCUGGGGCAGGAUGGAAAUGGAGCCCUCUACUGGUACUUUUAUGGCACCCGUAUGUACAAAGAGGAGUCGGUCAAGAGGAAAGCAUAUAGGAUCAGUGAAACCGCUGAGCUGACAUUACCAGAGAAAAAGAAAAGGGGAAGACCACCAAAGAAGAAAAAAAUGGAAGACCCCCAGCUAAGUGAGUUUGAAGGUGAAGUGACAGAAGUGAAGACAGAAAAUGUUGUGGAAGAUCUCCGCCCUAACACAGGCCGUAAGAGAGGCGCCUGGUCCCUUGUGUGUGAUACAGAGGAACAAUGGGUCAGUCUGGCAGAAAGCAUCAAGGACAAAACCUCCCCACAGGACCGCCACCUCUACCGUGUCAUCAGCCAGAACUUCCUGCCUGAGAUCAGCAGCAUGAUUGAGCACAAGGAGCGGGAGCAGAAACAGAAGCUACUGGACCCAACCCCAGUUCGCAUUUCACAACGGUUCUCUGAACACAUUCACCAAGAGGAGGAGGGCAACCUGAAGGCUAUAGCGGAGGAGGAGAAGAAGAAAUAUGAAGAGCUUGACAGGCAGGUCCUGCUGUCCGAGCAGCGACGAGAAGAGGAAAGGCUUCAGCAAGAAGAACAACAGAGAGAAAAGAUGGAGAAGAUCAAAGCUGUGGAGGAGCGAGCAAAAAGACGGAAGAUGCGAGAAGACAGGGCCUGGUUACUGUCUCAAGGAAAAGACCUUCCACCUGAACUCCUGAAUCUGGAGCCUUCUUCUCCUGUCCACAGAACACGCAGGAAUAAAGCAUUCUAUGAAAUUGAUGAUGACUACACUACUCUAUACAAAGUGCUUGAGGUCUUGAAAGCCCAUAAAGAUGCUUGGCCUUUCUUGGAGCCUGUGGAUGACUCCUACGCCCCCAAUUACCAUGAGAUCAUCCAGACUCCCAUGGACCUGUCCACCAUUGAAAAGAAGCUCAGUGAUGGGGAGUACGUUGCUAAGGAGGAGUUUGCUGCCGACGUGAAGCUCAUGUUUGAGAACUGCAUCGAGUACAAUGGCGAAGACAGCGAGUACACUAUCAUGGCGGAGUCUCUGGAACGGUGUUUUAGCCGGGCCUUAUUAAAACACUUUCCAUCCGAGGAUGGCGACACGGACGAAGAAUUCCACAUCAACAGUGAAGACAAGGAGCGCAAGGACAAAAAGCGCAAUCGCGGCAGCAGUAGACAUUUGGGACCUGAAAGUCUGAUCAAGGCCACUGAGCAAGUCCAACGUAAGCGGAACUCCCAAGGGGGCAAGGGCAGCACACUCUCAGGGGAAGAGGACAACAGCAAGUCAACAAGACCACCUCUUCCCCUUCGCUGGGCCAAUGGCCCCCCUCACCCCCACGGCCUGCAUCCAAGCCAGCAGCACAUGCAUGAAGGAGACAUCAGGGGCAUGUACCACCCAGGGCAACAGCUCCGUCGUCCCCCUGGUCCCCCUGGUCCUCAUGGCUCACACAUGUAUGGCCAAAGAAUGGCCAUGGAUCCCCGCUUCGCUUACCCAGCUCACAUUCCAAGGCAUGGAGACCCCAGUUUAAACCACUUGCCCCACAACUUUAACAUGCAGCAUCGCAUGGUUGAAGGACAUCACAUGGGUCCUAGAUAUCCAAUGGUCCCAGAUCCUAACCAGCAGCAGCCUCCACACCAGCACCGCUACAUGGGUCCGACUCAUGGCCCGUCUCUGGGCCCGCGUCCUGUCGGCCUCCACCCUGGCCCUCCUCCUGAAGCCAGCAUGUAUCCAUCCCACCACCGUCCUGAUGGCCACAGCAUGCACCCCAUGGGCAACAGAUUCCCAGGGCCGGAGGGACCAUCUCAGCACAACUACCCAGGCUUGAGGCCUCCCGGUAUGGGCCUAUCUAACAUGUGGACUGGUAUGAAUCACCAGGAGAGACCCAAUGGGAUGCGCAUGCAAGAUCCCAACAUGGUGAAUCAGCGCAACUUUAGUUACGGUGGAGUCCCCCCUCCAGUGGGACAUAAACCUUGGCCAGAAGCUGCUGGAUACCCUCAUCCUUCUCCCAAUGCCCAGUAUCAAAUGUCUGCAGUGGUCAGCUCCCCGGGCCCCAUGUCCUCACACCCCCCUGUUCCCCACCCAGACUCCUCUGGCAGGACACGCUUGGCUUCCAUGCUGGAAAGCCCAGAGAUGCUGGCCCUGCAGCAGCUGUCAGCCUCUUCGAGACCCCCUGCUGGUGCCCCUCAUCAGCACAUGGGCAACUUUCAGCAGCCUGGGCCCCCAUCAGGAAUUGGCAGCAUCCCAGCUCACCCCUCUCAGCAGCCUCCCCCUGCCCCUGAGGUUCAGCUGCUGCGUCCUGCUAGAGACAAUGGGCCAGACAGCCAGCCUUCCCAACAGACAGACAUGCAGCCCAAAGACUCAACACCAGAGGACAAAAUGGCUGCCAUCAACAUUUCCGAUGAAGCUUCAUCACACAAAAACACUGUUUUAAUUAACCAAGAGCACCCGUCCAUCCGUAGCCCCACAGAAAACCACACUGGGCCCACGGAGGCAAUGCAGAGCCCCCCACCCUCGAACUCGGACAGAUCACAGGAGAAUCCGUCUGGACCAGGACUCACACAGAGUUCAACAGAGAGCCACAAGCAGGAGGUAGACGGCCAGGGACAAUCUGCCAGCCACUGUCCCAUUCAACACAUUAGUGUCACUACUGUUUCAUCCCAUCUCAACACAAGUAACAACAGCUCCACUGAUCCCGCUCACCCCAACCACCCUCCUUAUACACAGGACAGUCCACAGCAAAAAGCCCAGAGCUCUGCACUUCUUCAUCACAACAUACCGCCACUGCACGCUGCAGCAUCGCAGAUUUCCACUCUGCAAAUGUCAGAGAGCAAUUUGUCACACAUGCAGAAGGAACAUCAGCAAAGUGAACAUAAGCAGAACAUCCCAAAACAACCUCAGGCAACCCAGAGUACCCCUCCCCAAUGUCACCCUCAGAGCUCUCCCCAGCAGUUGACCCAGAGCACACAGCAACACCAUUCUCUGCUGCCCCCUCAUCAAGUCCCCCAAAAUGUCUCCCCACAACAUCCUGCGCAGAGCAGCCCCAUGCAUGGGAAGCCACAGAGUUCCACACAAGGAGCCCAACCUGGACCCCCUCAGCCAGCUCCGCUCACCUCUUUGCCACCCAGUCAUCCUACCCCACUAUUACCUUCCCAGCCUAGCCCGGCAGACCAUGGAGAUCAAAGACCUAGUGAGCCUACAAGUAGACCGGCAGACACAGACGGCACCGCCGUUCCUCCACAGCACAUGAUGAAAUCUGGGCCUCCGAAUGUUAUUCAUAAACAGCAGGCUUUCAGCCCCAAUCACCAUCAAACCCAGCUGUUGGGUAGUAACCCAGGUAUGCAGGCUCAGAGAGGGCCAGCACCUGCUCACAAUCCAGCCAUGCCUCCUCACUCCCAAGGCCAGGUAAAUGGAGCCAUGGGUCCAUACGGCAUGGGGAACCAUCCACAUCCGCACUACAGCCAGACAAACAUGACCAGGCCCAUGCCUCCUUCUGCUCACCAUCCUUACCACAACCAGGCCAUUAACCCCCUCCACAAUCCUGCUCAGCACCCCGCCUACCACCAGCAGGGAGGGGCUGCCUACUCCUACCAUACGCCAGGCCAACAGCACCCCCAGGCCCACCCUAACAUGUACCCACCUCAUCAGUACCAGCAGCAACACUACUUCCAACAACCCCACCCCCAAACCCAGGCACAUAACCAAGUCAACAGUAGGGGGAGUUAUCCUGCAGAGGAGUGGCAUCGGCCUCAUUAUCAGUCUCGCCAACCGAUGCCGCCCAACGCCUACCUACCUGCAGCUAGUGCCAGAGGCAACGGCCACUUGAAAGAGAGCAGUGUGUCACCACUGGGCUCUGAGGGCGCCAGUUUGGUGUCUCCUCGCCCCGUGCCUGAAGUCGGGCCGCACCCUGGAGGCCCAGAGGACAGGAAAAGCAGUGAAAGCAGGGAGCAGGCCAGUGGUGGAAGCCCAGCAAAGCAGGCUCACACUGAGAGCUCAGAGCGACCUGAAAGCCCUAAAGAAAUCCUGGACCUCGACAGUCACAAUGCUGCUGCCCGCCGCCGUAGCGCCCAGCCACCUCAGCAGCACCCUCCUGCCUCCGCUGCGCACAUGGUGUCUGGCUUCAUGUACGACCCUCGCGCCGUGCACCCUGGGAUGCAGCGAGGCGGCGUUCCUCCACCCCACAUGAUGUUUCAGGCUUGUGGAGAUCUCAACAGAGCCCCUUACCCUGGCCAGCCAUACCCAGAUCCAGGACACUAUGCCUCCCAAAGACCUCACCCACACCUGAUGGAGGCUCUGCAGCGGCCCCAGCAGCUACCUUACUCACCGGGUCAGACACGCAUGACCAUGUACAGACACCCCCGGCCUGCGGGGCACUUCCAGGGCAUGAUGAUUCAGCAGAGAGGCCUGGCACCAGAACACUUCCUACACCCAGGGCAACAGAUGAUGGCUGCUCCAGGCGGCCCGAGCAGUAAACAAGGAGUGUGACAAGUAACAUAUCAGAGCAUGUUAUUAUCAAAGAACAUCUGGACGAAGCAGUGAGCCAAAUGUGAGCAUUCUGACUAGAUAUGGACACUAGACACUUUGCUCCACAUUCAGCUCGGUCUUGGCCCACCACUGAACUUGGAAGAUCCAACCAGGCAGCUGGUAUUACUGAGAUAAUAAUAAUAAUAAUGUGAACUGUUAUUGAGCCUUUGAGAACAAUUCUCUUUUGGCUUGCCUUUCUUCACAUAGAGCUCUGUGGAACUGCCAGUUCAUCAGAAGGGCAGUCUUUUUAACCACUAGGCCAACCUGCCAAACACAGAGGACCCGACCUGCAAGAACACUGGACAAGCCCUCUCCUCCUCUCUGAACAACGCAAAUCUGAAUGGAUUAAAGGACACUGAGCACUCUCUUGUCCACUAACUGCAGUGCUUGAUGGAGCUUUUAAUCUACUGACAGAACUAAGGAGGACUGUGAUGAAGACGAGAGGGACUGUUUUUACUAUAUCCUGUUCCAACCCUAUCUUUAAACUCAGGUGUAGAAAAGGAGGUACUUUGAGACUGUCACCCUAACCCAGUCAACUCACAGGCCCCUUUGCAAUUGCCUUGUUUUCCUUUGUGAAUGUAUGAGUGAAUGUGUAGAUACUAAGGCGUGUACAGCAGAUUAACUGCAUGUGAAGCAUAAACUGUCCUGAAAAAAUGUCAAUUUAAUGUCCAUUUCCACCCCAACCCUAACCGUGUUCCUCUAGUUCUGGAGUAAACGCGCAGUAUAUGCAUCUUUUCAAAGCUGCCUUCAUUGUCAAGAAUGUCUAGCAGAGAGGGACUGGCAAAGAUGCCACAAUUUGUAUCCAACUAAGUCUCUGUUAUGCACUAUGGAUUUUGUUAGUCUAGACAUCCUGGAAUUGAGUGGCCUUGGAUUGUCUUAUUUUUAGUCAAACACAUAUAUGUAUGAAAAUAUAUCCUUACCUCUUGUCCCAGAUGGGGGCAAUUCUAAAAUGUCCUGCUAGCUGGUAAAUGCACAUGCACCGAACAAACGCAUACACAUCCAAUCCUGCUGUUGAUGGUUUUAUUUGUGACAUUUAUUUCAUUCCACCUAUUCAUAUGUACUUUAUUUGUUAAUUCGCGGCUCUGCCCUUUUGCAUGGUUGCUUCUUUGAGUGCUUCCUCUUCCCCAUAUCAAUACUAGACUUAUCCUCAGGGUGUACAGUUUCUAUAUACGGGUAUUUUUCUGCAUUAUUUGAAGGAGGAGAAGCAUAAGGAAAAUGGGACUGCAACUGUGGCAAAUCAAUCCACCUCAUGUGACGAACUUAACUCCUUUUAGGUCGGAGUUCAUUGACCGUAACAAUAUAUGGCUCAUCACACUGCCAAACUAUUGGACUCCCCCCCCCCCCCCCCCCCCCAAACUUGAGACUGUGGAGGUUUUGUCCCGCACCCUACACCUUAUUAUAUCCAUGUUGCACCUGUUUAACGAUGGCAGCAAAUGAAUCUACCUCAUCUAGCCAGUCGGUGGCAUCUACUGAGUCCCUCCACGUCCUCUCCUCGCCCUGCCAGACUCUUGUGCAUCAACAUUUUGUGACCAGCUGGUGAUCUUAGCACCACUUUAUAGUUUGUAGUCUUACAGAACUGGCAAUGAAGUGGCAAAACAAUAGGUGUUUUUUAAAAGAAGCAAUCCUUGAAAGUGUACACUAUCUUUUUAAUGGGACAGCACUUUCAUUCUCAGUUUUUUUUAAAUGGAGUAUGAUGGACAAUAUUACAUCACAGGUCUGAAACGGGACACCGUAAAUUAGUCUGUAGUUGUACAGAUUGCAUGCCUUCCUGCCUAAAGGUUGUUGAAACUAGACACAGUAGGCAGUAUUCCAGUCUAGGGUCUGUAAUAGACCGCAUAGAGUUUGGUGACAUUAUGGGUUUACUAUCUUCCUUAGUAAUUAGGUACCUAAGGCAUUGUACGUAAAUAUUUGAGGAAGGAUGAUGGAAUAGGAAAGUGCUAGAAGCUGUGAGACAAUUUUCUAAAUGUGUCACACAGGACUUGCUAAUUUGUUAAAAUAGGGAAUUUUCUCAAUAUUUAGCAGGCCUGAUAGGGCCACUUUGGAGGUAGUGUGUUCACUCGUGCUGUCUAAUGUAUGAAGGACAGUGUUGAUUUUAAAGGUCCAAGGUUGUGAUACUGUCUUAUGCUGUACAGAUGUUGUGUGUGUGUGUGUGUGUGUGUGUGUUUCUGGUGUGUAGAAUCGACACCAGAUGUUCGGAAGUGUGUAUUCAUCUCUCACUUUUACUCUGCUGUCAUCUCUCUGCACUAGUGAAAACCAUUUAGAUGUGAUUAAAUGUGAAUCAUAUUUAUUUUGUCUUUUAAGAAUUUUUGUAAAUUUUUGGACUUGUUUUAAUAUAACUGUGGUGUAUGUUUCUUUUUUCUUUAUUUUCUUGACGUUGGUUUUUUUUUUAAAGCAGUUGUCUUUUACCUCAGUAGCAUGGUGGCAUUGAAAAAAGACAUGUGUGUUUCAUUUUUAAGAUGUUUACAAGUUCUUAUCUGACUGACAUAGAUUAUUUUGAAAAAUGGAACGGAGUAUUUUCUAUACUGUACAUUUCUUAGAAAUAAAUCUCUUUUCUCGAACAAGA